GGCGACGGCUGAUGACGCAAGGGCUCGCUCGCCGUUCUCAGGGGCAGUGCAAGGGGGUUAGGAAAGGUGUGGGGUGCCGUCAUGGGAAGUCAGGGUGCAGCCGGACGGAGAUAGGUCGGGCAGCCAGGUAAUACUUUCAGGAUGCCGGGGCGUUCAAAUUCAGGGUCUGCUGGCUUCAUCUCCUUCAGCGGUGUCGAAUCUGCUCUCUGCUCCUUAAAAAGCUUCCAGUCCUGCAUCGGCUCUGGAAUGGACGCAGCUUCUAGUGUUGCUUUGGAUCUUGUGGAAACUCAGACUGAAGUGAGUAGUGAAUACAGUAUGGAGAAGGCGAUGGUUGAGUUUGCUGUAAUGGAUCGAGAACUAAACCAUUACGUAAAGGCUGUUCAAUCUGUAAUAAAUCGUGUAAAAGAAGAACGUCCAGAAAAAAUACCAGAUUUAAAAUUAUUAGUGCAGAAGAAUUUUGUGGCGUUACAGAGUAAGAAUUCUGAUGCAGACUUUCAACAUAAUGAAAAAUUUGUGCAAUAUAGACAACAACUGAAAGAACUAAAGAAGCAGUGUGGUUUUCAAGCAGAGAGAGAGGCUGAUGGACCAGAACGAAUUGAUGAAGAUAUGAUUGUGACCCAAAGUCAGACCAACUUCAUCUGCCCUAUUACCCAGUUGGAAAUGAAGAAGCCAGUGAAAAACAAAGUGUGUGGCCACACCUACGAAGAGGAAGCCAUUGUUCGCAUGAUUGAGUCUAAGCACAAACGAAAGAAAAAGGCCUGUUGCCCCAAAAUCGGCUGUAGCCACACAGAUGUGAGAAUGUCAGAUCUGGUCCAGGAUGAAGCACUCAGAAGGGCAAUUGAAAGCCACAACAAGAAAAGAAACCGUCACUCAGAAUAGGAGAAAGCCACCUGGCCCACGGGGAGUGCAGCCUAGCUCCUGCCUCAGCCAUCUGCCAAGCACCACGCUUCUCCCCGCAGUUAGGACUGUCCCCCUGCUUUGCUGGGGGGAAAACUUGAGGGUUUGAAGUAUAACUGAAAACAUUUUUCUAAGUUCCAAAACAAAAAUUCCAAGCAGAUUAUAGUGUUUAUUUUUAAGUGUUGUAUAAUUUUAAAUAAAACGUUGAUUGUC